AUGAAGACUUUAUAUCAACUCGCCUUACAAGCAGUACCCAACCCUGGGUUCAUGGCCGAGACCUUUUUAGUCCCCCACCAUCCUGCUGCCAGAGAUUUACAGACGCUACAAUACACCCAAGACAGAGAUAGAUAUAGAGAAGAACAUCGCGUCCUUAUCAGGUUUGUCUACGCAUAUUUGUGUUUUAUCGAAACCAUGUUUUCAAACUCAAAAAUAUAUCCAAGGGAUGUUGCGUUUUUAAAUCGAUUGUGGAAACAAAUUCACGAUUUACUUGAGUGAAUGUUGUGUUUUAGACCGAUUCUGGAAUCCCUGUUUUGGAUUAAAGACUGCACCUGGUUAAGUGUGAAGACUAAAUGUUGCAUGAUUGAACUGUAAACGUGUUUUUAAACGCGCUUGUUGACUGUUUUAUUUUAGAAAUACUAUAAACGCCUUAAAAUUUCGAAGAUGGAACACGUAUUGUCACAAAACGGAGUGGGUUGCUGUUAAGUAUCAAAAGUACGGAGAAGAUUCAAGAUGCCCACAUUGUAAACGAAUUAGAACAACUCGUUUAACCUUAGACGGUUUACGAUUGCAAAGGCAAAAGAAAUUUGUGGAUAAGAAUGCGGAGGCGCGUUUAAUUCAAAACUAUUACUAUUCGCCUAUUCGUAGACACUUAGAAUUGUAAAUGUUUGUUUGUUUCAUCUCUUUAGAAAAUGUUUGCGUCAACUAA